AUGGAUUUUGAUGAGUUAUUAAACCUAGAAGAGCAAUAUUACCAGGAAGGUUUUUGUGAAGGGCAAAAUGAGAAUAUAAAGCAGAGCUUUUUGGAAGGCAAACAGUAUGGUUUACAAGUAGGAUUCCAAAGAUUUGUGCUGCUAGGGCAAAUGGAGGGUAUGUGUGAUGUUAUAGAAUCAUAUGGACUACAUAAUCCUAUACUCGAGAAGAAUAUUCAAACUAUUCGCACUUCAAUGAAAGGUAUAAAAAUGAAUAACGAUGAUGAAAGUGUGGUGGAAUUCGAGAAGAAGUUCGUAAAGUUGAAAAAUAAGUUCAGAACAAUUCUGAUAACUCUUCAACGGUUAAAUAAGGACAAAAAAGAUGGUGUUCUAACGUUUGAGGCCUUUGAAGAUGUUUCAAGGGCUAUUGCUGGAGAGAUCAGAGGUUUUGUAGAAAAUGAAGACACCAAUAAAAAGAACAGUACGCAAGAUCAGGCUCAAUCCUGGUGA